AUUGGCGGUAAAUAAAUAAACCCUAUUUGGACGAGGUUAUUGUUUUACGUAGGUGAUAUAAAUAUUUGUGCAGUUCAGCUAAUGUUUACAGUCAGUAUUCAAAUUGUUUUCUAAAAUAUUAUAAUUGUGUACAUAUCAACUCAUACAUUAAACAAAAAAAUAAGGGCGCCGUUUCCAAUACGAUAAAAUAUAGUUGAUACCCCGUAUCGCGAAGUAAAUUUGACUCAAAAAUCAUAGAAUUGUGUUUUUGAGAACCGCAAAUAUCCCCCUAUUUUUUCCACCGUGGUGCAUUAUAAAUUGUAUUUUUUUGAGAACCCUCCCCUUUUCAAAAUGGUGCGUUCUUACAUUCAUACUGGUUUAUUUAGUAUUCGGUAAUGUGAACGGCGAUGAAGUCUGACAAAUUUGUGCAAUGUAACGAGAGUUUGGUGUCCAGUCAACAGAGCAUUAAAAGGAAGGGUUCAGUGUUUUUUUGGGCAAAAAAUGUCGACUGUUCAAGAAGACAGAGCUAAAUUCUUGGCCAUGAGCCAAGAAGAGAAGAGGAAGUUAUACAAAGACUAUACCACCCUGGCUCAGGUCCCCACGUGGGACGAAUACUUCCGUGAAUCCAGGGACAGGCUUCGGAAACAGUUCUCAGAAACGUACAAGACCGGCGAGGAACAUGGCCUGGUGGAGUGCGAGGUAGACCCCGAGUUGAACAAGAAAAUUUCCUUGUGGAAGGGGAACCUGGUCAAGCUCGAGGCAGAUGUCAUCGUGAAUGCUGCCAACGAAAGCUUGUUAGGAGGAGGUGGAGUCGAUGGCGCCAUUCAUUCUGCGGCCGGUCCGAAGCUGAAGAACGAAUGCAGGGAUCUGAAGGGCUGUAAAACUGGAGAUGCCAAGGUUACAGCUGGCUACGCGUUACCAGCCCGAUAUGUUUUCCACACUGUUGGUCCAAAGGGAGAGAAACCACAACUGUUGGAGUCUUGCUACAACAAAACAUUGAACUUACUUUUACAAGAAAAUCAGUGCUCCAUUGCUUUCCCUUGUAUUUCAACAGGCAUUUAUGGAUAUCCUCAGGAAAAAGCUGCGAGGGUUGCGCUUGGAACUGUCCGUAAAUUUCUGGAACAAAAUGGAAGCAAGGUCGAGCGAGUGGUGUUCUGCCUGUUCCUCCCGGAAGACGUAAAGAUUUACGAGAACCUGUCUCAAGUGUACUUCCCAGUUGAAAAAUCGCUUCUGUAAAAGUUGGAUUAUUUUUUUUUCCAAUACCUUGCUUUACCUCGACUGACUUUUUGUGAUGCAGCUAGUAGGUGGUUAAUUUAUAUUUAUGUGUAACAUGAGCUGAAAAAUUUGGUUGGUAAGAGAUUGGGGGGGGGGGGGGGAAAUCUCUUAAUUUUUAAAAUAGAAAAUUUUCAUAUUGUUUGUUUGAAUGUAAGUACAAUAGUUAACAUAUGUGAAAGGGAAAUUACAUGAUGACUUGUGGUAUGGUUUUCCUUCAGUUUAAAUUCAUCUCCGAGGACUUCCAGAUUUAAACUUAAACUAGUCUAAAGCUUGUGUUCGCUUGACUUUCAAGAUCAAGUGGAUGACUGCCCGGAGCUGUUUUAGGAGAGAUUGGUGUGUUCUCUCUUCCAACUUGAUUGAAUCCAUGUAUUGAUUUACUGGAAUUUUCUGUAGUUAGCGAGUGAAAUAAUUUGGGUAUACACCAUACUAGAGGUUUUAUUUUUAGUCCAAUUUCAUUUUUAAACCAGAAGAUUUCUGUGUUACGUUUUUUGUUUUAUAAACACUGUUUUGUAAAAUUUACCCCAUUAAAAUAUUGUAUUUUUAUGAUACAUUUUUACAAUAAAAUAAUUUGUUAUAUUGAUUGUCUAAAACAGAUGCAUUCAAAACAAUAAAAAUUAAUUGCUGAGCAUUUAUGAUUUAAAAGUGCUUCAAUAAGAAGAGUACAAUAAAACAAAUUUAAUUAAUUUUUGUCUGGGAAUAAUGACAUACCUUGGAUUAAAAGAUUACUUUUUUUUUUUUUUGUGAUUUGAAUUAAGUUUUGGUUAAUUGCUGCUUAGUUCCGUGUUACAACUGACAUUUUGAUGCUAUCAUGUGUAUUAACUUGUAUUUUGGUGUUGUUUGGUGUAUGGGCAUACUUUCAGUGUUAUUUCGGUUAUCGCAAUUCACUAUGUAAUCUUGUCCGUAACCGUUACAGAGUUUUUUUUUCCUUUCAUGUAAGAUUCAACAUAGUACUUUUUGUGUCCAUCAUUUUUCAUUCAGUCUUACACCAUAAUUGUAAGGAUGUUUGCAAGAGCUGGUCUCUAGUUAUCAUUUUAGAGAGAGAAUUUUUUUUUAUAUCAAACAUUUUUUUCUUUGUGGCAAAAAAUAUUAGUAUCAUUUAAAAAAAAACUGUGUUGAGAAGGCAGUAAAACUUGGUUCUAGCUUAGUGGUAAAAUACACAUAAAAUGAUUGUCUAACCAUAAGUAACGUUGGCAUAUCCAGGCAAAGGGCAGCUGUACCCUCUGUCAGAGGGAUAAAAAUAAAUGAGACGAGAGGCAUGGUCCUGUAGUCAAAUAAAAUUUGUAACUUAUUCAAACAAACUAUUUAUAAAAAACACUUUUUUUUUAAUAAAUUAAUUUUACUUUUU